AGGUCCUUUAGGUGGUUUUCGCCGGCCGGUCACGCGUGCGCACGCGUGCCAUGGGUAAAAAGCGGCAGCUGGAUGAUGGAGGUGGUGAAUACAUCGCUCCAAAGGGCUUGGGCUCCAGCGGCCCCCAGGGCGGUUUCGGCCGCUCCCGCGGUGGUGGCGGCGGCGGCGGUGGUGGUGGUGGCCUUGACAUUGACGAGGUGCCACGCCCGAAAAAGACCAAGCCGCAGAACUUGCAGAAGUUGUCCUUCGAAGAGUUAAAUCAGCGAAAGCACGAUCUCAAAAUGGAGGAGAACUACCAUAGCAAUGUCAUGGGCAUCAAAAAGCGCGGGCCAUACAGUGCCAGCGAUGUGCGUGCCAGCUACACGCAGGUCCUGAGAUUUCAGUACCUGCAGAAGGAGGUGGAUCUCGAGAUCGAGCGACGAGAAGCUCGAAAAGAGAGUCAACAAGAAGCCAAGGCCAGAAAGAAGCAGGAGAAGGAGGAAGCCCAACGUGCGGCAAAAGCUGCGCUGGCCGCAGCUCAGGAGGAUUCCUUCGCCUAUGGGCCUGGGGUGGCGCUACCACCGGGUGUGCCAGCCGGGGGCGAUGUGAUGUCCGGAGAGGCCUUCACCUCUUGGAACGACAUGACCAAGAGCGACAGGCCCUACGCCUCGGGACCCUACGGUGGGACCUCCGCGUCCAGCUCCUCCCGGCGGCCGGCCCGGAGUUCCCCCGAGCGUGAGGAAGGCAUGAACUUCUUCCAGCAGAUGACCAUGGCGAAUGCAGGGAUGCAAGGAAUGGGAUCCAUGAACUCCAUGGGCUCCAUGAACUCCAUGGGCUCCAUGAACUCCAUGGGCUCCAUGAACUCCAUGGGCUCCAUGAGCAGCUCUAUCGGCGACGCGGAGCCGAAGAAUCCCAUGGCGUCGAUGGCGAUGAUGAUGCUGGAGACCCAGAAGAAGCUCAAAGAAGCACAGGAGAAGAUGAACAAAGUCUCGGAAAAGACGAGCGGUGGCUCGGGUGGCUUUCAGAUGGGCCAGAUGGGUCCCAUGGGCUGCGGGGGUUGUGGUAGUGGAGGCUGCAGCGGCUGCGGCGGUUGCGGUGGCAACUUCCAAAGCAAUGAACUAAGGGCUGCAGGGCCGGGCUCGGAUUUCAGAGCGUUUGCAACAUCAGCAAGCUGGACCUUUCGUUGGAUGAUAUUUGCCCAGUCAUCAGUUACAGGAUCAGUAGGUCAGUGGCUCACGAGUUCUUGGGUUUUAACUUUAAACUCCCGUACGCUGAGUUCACUGCGAAACUCGGAUUGGUUGGGAAUAACAUGGAUGGAGGGCCCUGGAGAGCUCAAAACUCUGAUGCGGAGUCUCAUAAGACUAUACCAAACAUAUCCACACAUUCUACCCUACCAUCCUCAGUUCUUUUCGGAUUCCACGAGUGUUGGUGCAGCAGGUGCUUUUGAGAAACUACUUGAGUCAUCAAUUCACUUCAUCCCACCUCUUUGUUCACACGUGACUCUUUUCACACACUCCACCUCAAUGACUCAAUGACUCCUGAAAACGACGACCCCUCCACUUCCAGCCUUUUCUACUGGUGCAUCCUUCGAACUUCCACCAGUUGGCUUUGGGUUUCACCUUCCCACCCGAAUCCUGCCCUUGUUCCUAAUAGCUUAUUGUUACUACUAGUAAGGCACUUGUUACUAGAAGCGAUGCACUUGUUUCUAGUAGCUUCCCACCCCUCUCUCCGGCCCUUUCACCGGGGAGAGGCACCGGGGCACGUCCGAGGCUUCGGAUCCCUCCCUGCAGCCUGGAGUGCCCGGCGUUGAGGGCGCCACCGCCUUCCCCCGAGCCAAACAAGAGACGGAACGGGUGGUCCAAACCAUGGAACGGUGAAGCAUCUGGAAGCAUAGAAUGCCAAGUAAGAGAUAGUCGGUCGACCCACAUGGCAGGGCUCUAAAGGCGGCCACCCGUCCAGCUGCGCAUGGACAAAUAUUCUUGAUUGGUGCUUCCAAUAGUCCAGCUGCGCGCGGUUCCUGUCGUCACGGGGUUCUUCCUGGCCG